AUGACGGAGGUAACGAAGGAAGCGUUAAACGAAGCGAAAAAGAAGCGGAGAUGUGCAAAAUCGAGUGUUACAAGGGCAGGAAAUGGCUUGGAUUAUUUAUUGAAAAAUGAGAGACCUAUACCGGAAGUUGAGGAAUCACUCGCUAAUUUGGAAGACUUAUACAAGAAAUUGGUUGAAAAACACGACGAAUAUAUUCAGUUGGUGGAUGGCGAUGAAGAAUUUGCAACUGAGGAAGAAUGGAUUGAAGACUGUCAACAGAGGUUUAUGCAGAUAAGGAUUAGAACAAAGGAUUAUUUAAAGGUCAAGUCACAAGGUCAGUUUGAAAAUGAAACAAACCCAGAAACAGGUUUA